AUGAAGUUUCUACUCAUUGUAUUGGCUCUUUUUGUAUUAGCAAAAGAAGGAAGAAGUCUCGAUGCAUUCGACAUUCUGGAUAAGUAUUGUGCUACAAAAGACCAAGACGCUUUAAAAAAGUGUAUGGCAGAAAAUGGAAAGUCAAAGCUGUUUACUUAUUUCGAAAGCUGCGCCAGACCUCUUCGAAGACACAUGAGAAAUAGUAAAGAAACAUCAAAAUUUAUCUGCAAAGAAGUAAACGAAAAGGAGGAUUUCUUAAUUCGAUGCUGUCUGGCAUACAAAUUAAAAAAGGACAGAGAUUCUUCUCUUCCUAGAAUCUUUCAGUCGUGUGUGAAUAGAGGAGUUCAAUCUGAAGUCUCGUCUCAACCUAUAAUGCAGCAACAGGGUUAUGUACCAUAUGGGCAACAACUUGGUUAUUUGUCGCCAGCUCAACAAGGAUCUGUAUAUCAACCGAAUGCACAGGUUGGAGGCACCGAUGAUGAUAUUCCAUAUUUAGGACUGUAUUAAGAAAACUGAUAAAAAGAACUUAAUUUAUUUAAAUUAUUUUUAUUUUUUCGAUAUUGUAAAUUAUCUUCUUUACAAUGAGCCUUAAUAAAGUUUGAAAUUUUAAGUUUCAU